AUGGCUGGGAUUAAAAGAAAUCAACAUUUAUUUCAAACAUCUAACUCAAAUAAUAAAGACAAAAAUUUAAUAGUUACUAGCUGUAGUGAAGAACAACAAACAAAACGCCAACGCUCAGAAAAUAAUGAUAAGGAAAGCAUUUGUUGGAAAUAUUUUGAACCAUUCAAGGUCCCAAAGGAAAAUGGAACAAUAACAAAAUGUACGAUUCCUGGAUGCACUACGAGAUAUAUUUGGUGCGGUUCUACAUCUAAUCUUGUUGGCCAUCUUAAGAAUAAGCAUGCACCUUUUAGUAUUGUUGAUAAUUUAAAAUCGGCAGGAUUUGUUAAUCCAAAAAUUGAGCUAUCUACUUCUAUUAUUAUAGAAGAGCAAAUAAAUAAAGCACAUGAUCGUUUAUUCUUUCAAUUAAAGUCAAAAGCUCAGCAAGAGAAAUCUAUUAUGCUCUCUAUUCAUAAAACAGGAGAUUUAUUUGAUGAAUUCUAUGAAGUAAUCACUUGUAAUUGGUUAACUAAAGACUUAGAACUUCAUAAAAUCCUAUUACUUGUAAAACAACGUUACUCUGAAUACGAAUUUGACGAUUAUAAAAAUACUAUUGAAGCUUUAGAGAGGUGGGAAUUAACUAAUUUAAAAUUUUAUAGGGAUUAUGAUGGUGAUUGUGAUUUUUUUGAACCAUUAUGGGAUUCGGAAAAUAGAAAAUAUCAAGAAAAAUAUCAAAAUCUUGUACUAAAUAUUAUGCCAUUGUCUGAGUCUAUUGGCAAUCCUUGGCGUUUAGCAGAUUUAAUAUAUGAAAGUUUAGAAAAAUGGAUUAGUGAAAAUAUUAAUACUCAAGAAAUAUCUAAAGUUAUCAAAGUUGUUAAAAAUGCUAAUGAAAAUCUUUUGGAUAUCAUAAUUUUUUUAAGGAAUAAGGAAGUACAAAGAGAAAUACAAAAUAUGCAAAAAAUAUUUAGUUAUUCGACUAUAAUUGAUAUUCAAAAUUCAGAAAAAAUUGAUUGUACUUGCGUUUAUCAUGAAAUAGCCCUUUUAAAAUUAAUGGAAAAGCCUUUUAUUCGGCUAGUCAAUAAUUAUGAAAGUUAUGAAAAUGCUUUUAUUAGAAAACAAGGGAAACGUUUUAAGGAACUUAUGCUAGAUUCUUUACCAUUUGGCAUAUAUUCCAAAUUAUUGCAAAUAUUUAAGCCUUUAGAUCAUCAUAUAAACCAAUACAAUUUUGGUGAAUUGUCUAUGAAGGAGACUAUGGAUUUAGUAGAUAAAAUUGCUAUUAACGCAAAUAACAUGUUGAGAGAAUUUCAAUUUAGUGAUGACAUAGAACACAAAGUCCUUAAAUCGUUUUUAACAUCAAUUCCUUUAUGUUUUGAAUACAGAUUGAAUCAUUCAUUUGUUAAUCAGCUAGCCUUGUUUUUAGAUCCACGUUCUAAGCCAGAUGAGAUUCCAGCUGUAAGUUUUAUUUAUGUUAUUAAUAUUUGUAAAUAA